AUGCCCAUGAGCGCCGCUACGCCCGUCGCCACCCCUGCCAAGAGCAUCCCCCCUCCUGCCGCACCGGCGGGUCCUACGCUCACUGCAUCUCCCGGCAAAAGCCCGUUGGCGGCAGCUCCAUCCACCAAUGCGCAGCCACCCACCCAGCCAGCAGCAGCCAAAGCGGCACAGUCGAGCGCCACACCCACCAAGCCUGCAUCGCACCAUGGCAAGAACCACAGUCACGGCGCCUCUUCUCUGAAGGGUGAAUCAGCUCAGAAUAGCGAUACCGGCAACAAGCAAGAUUCGACGUCCGCUACGGCUUCCAAGCGUGGAGGCAAGGCACGCAGGGGCAGGGGCGGUGGCGGCAAUGCUAGCGGUCGAUCCGACAACGAGGGCACGGGUCGAUCCGACGCUGAAGGUAGAGCCUCUGGCAACGAGUCUGCUCGCAGUCGUGCUGGAGGAUCAGCAGCAACGCCGACCACUCCCAACACGCCAGCAAAUGGCAAAGCGGAUUCAAACGCUGCUGGGAAUGACGGAGGUGCAAAGAGCGGCGAUGAAGGCGCCAAGAAGGAAGGAAGUGGAGGCCAGAAGAGGAACAACAACAGCAACAGAGGCGGAAAGAAGAACAGGGGAGGAGGUGCCGGUGGAAAUGCUAGCGGGACACCUCAUCAAGGUGGCGGCAGCAACAAGAAGGCCCAAAAUGACGGAGGAAAGGCAGACGGCGGCUCCAAGCAACCCGUUAUUCCUACAAGCUGGGAGUGA